AUGAAAAUGCAAAGCAUGCGACAAUUAAGGAGCAUAGGCUCUUUAAGGAAUAUAAGCAUAGCUCUGUCUUCAACGUCCUUAGUACCUCCCAUUCCCAAUCAACCAUUAGAUGUCAAUGACGUGAAAGCUUCUGAAACAUUACCAGACCAGCAUGCAUUGGAGUCUGCGAUUUUCAAAGCUCUAGGUAAUCCUCCUUCUGUGUUGUCAAUCAACUCUCCUCCAUCUGUACCAGUGUACGUGAGAAGAGGAUCCUUAUUAUCAAUAUACGGUUUCAGACAAAUCUCAUCGCCUAGCGUUCUGUCAUCAUUGGAAAUCAUAAGUCCAUUUAAACGCUAUCUUUAUGGAAGAAUCCCCUCGAGCUAUCAAAGGUUGACUGCAACAUCUCCGUUUUCUAUUUUAGUAUCAGCAAUAGCCAGAAACUUUUCAAUUUUCGGAAAUCCUGAGGACAAAACCUUUGCCUCGAUACAUUUAAAUGGGUUUAGAGAUUGGGCUAUUAUAAAUAAAGAUGCUUUACAAGCUUAUACGGGUAACUCUUUGAAUAUUACCUUACACACUUUUCCAAAAACUAUAUCUUCAAAGCUAGCUAAAACCUUCAAGAUUCCCGGGAGAACGCUUACUGGUUUAUUUAAGUGGAAUAAUGCGGGCUAUACUCUUUUAAGUGGGAGAGGCGACGUUGGCAUAGUUGGAAGUGGUUCAGUCUACAACAUAGAUGUUUCUCAGAAUGAGGAAAUUAUCAUUAGCAGGAAAAAUCUCUUAGCAAUAGAGGUCAAUGGACCCUAUGAUCUUCAAAAUUGUGUCAUAAAGCACAAUUCGGUGAUUCAGAAGGAUAAACCAGUUGUGCCUAUACCCAAGGUUAAACUUGAAGAUCAAGUCACGACCAAUAGAUUCUUGAAAUAUUUAAGAGCUACUGGAGGGUUUUUACAUGGCAUAACUAUAAAAACUGCCGAAAUCUUUCGCAGAUUGGUUUUGGAAGAGCUGGAUUUCGUUAAGGUUAUCGGUGCUAGACGGCUUCUUUUGCAAUCAAAGACUUCAGCUGCAUAUUCUAUCGAUUCCCAAUUGUUUUCUCGCUCUCAAUCGCAAAAACAGAGGACUAAUUCCUCUGACUACUUGAGCUACGUGACAGUUAAGAAAGGUGAACGCCCAGAGUUUCAAAGUACUCCUAACUUUGAAGAUACAGUCAAUAAGAUUUCUAAAAGGUAA